CUUGACUUAACAACGCAUUUGUCAAAUCAUUUGUCGCUGAUCAUUUCCAAGAUAUUACACUCGCGGACAGCAAACAAGUGCGUGCAAGCAUAGGCACCAUGCAGACCUGCUUCCCGAAGGGCACAACUAAACGGGCUUUCGUCGGCUCAUGCCGUCGAAGGACUCCUACGGUGUGCGUUCGUGCGGCUGUCAACGUCGAGCAACUUAAAGCUCUCCGGCAGGAGCUGUUCAGCUACAUCAACAGUCGUGGCUGCAACCCCAUCAUCGUCCGCCUUGGUUGGCAUGACAGCGGCACCUACGACAAGAACAUCGCCGAAUGGCCCGCUCGCGGGGGUGCAACUGGUUCCAUUCGCUUCAAACCGGAGAUCGAUCAUGCUGCGAAUAAGGGCCUAGCCAUCGCACUGGGCAUCCUGGGACCCAUGAAGAAGAAGUUCCCCGAAGUGUCCUACGCUGACCUGUUCCAAAUGGCCUCUGCGGUGGCUGUGGAGGCAGCUGGAGGUCCCAAGAUUCCAAUGCGCUAUGGCCGCAAGGACGCCACCAGCCCCGAGCAGUGUGUACCGGAUGGCCGCCUGCCUGGCGCCGCGCACCCGUUCGCGGAUGGCAGCACCAGUCCGGCGGAGCAUCUCCGACGAGUGUUCGGCCGCAUGGGGCUCACCGACCAGGAGAUCGUGGUGCUGAGCGGGGGGCACACGCUGGGCAGGGCCCGACCUGAGCGCUCCGGCUUCGGUGCUGAUAAGACCAAGUACACCGAUGUGGGUCCCGGCACGUCGUCCGCCUCGCCAUCAGGUUCCCCCGACCGGCCCGUCACACCCAAGCCGGUGGGCCAGCUGGGGACCAGCUGGACAGCCAACUGGCUGGAGUUCGACAACAGCUACUUCACAGAGGUCAAGGCCAAGCGGGAUGCGGACCUGUUGGUGCUGCCAACGGAUGCCUGCCUGUUCGAGGAUGACGGGUUCAGGCCAUAUGCUGAGAAGUACGCUGCUGACCAGGAGGCGUUCUUCGCAGACUACGCCCUGGCCCAGCAGAAGCUGUCGGAGCUCGGGGUAGAGUGGGAUGAGGGAGCGCCAGUCACCAUCUAAGCGAUUCCUAAGUGCUCAAGCGACUCAGGCGGAGGCUCCAUCUCUAGGGGGAAGAACCCCAAGGGGAGAAGCUCUCAAUCGGGGGCCGUGCGUGGGGGAUGGAGAGGUAGCCAGUUGGGGAGCAUUAAGUCGACUGUGUACAUGAUAGCUGAGGGGCUUUCCGCACAGGGCUCGAGUCUGCAGCUACCAUGGUCCUUGGCAGCUGCCAGGGGCUCGAGCGUAGGGAUCGGAGCUGGGUAGCUGGAUGGCUGGGUAGCUUAGUGUUCCCAUGUGAUGGAUUGCAGCGGUGGCAGGGGGUGGCGGUGUGGCCCCUCCGGUUGAGACCCAGCGAGCUGGCCCAGUAAUGGCCGCGACGGUUUUGGUUACAUGACGGCAUCAAUACUGUAAUAAUUAUGAGAAU